GCAGUGCCCCAUGGGUCCCACAACUGAGUGUGUGCCCUGUGUCCCGCAGGAUCCCAGAGCUGACACAAGGGGCGCAGGGGGUGUACGUGUGCCGCGCCAGCGCUCCGGGUGGGCAGGCGGAGGACAGGGCCACGCUCGCUGUGCAGGCUCUGCCCAGGGCCCUGAUUAACAUCCGGACGGCGGUGCAGACGGUGCUGGCAGGCACAGAGGUGGAGUUGGAGUGCGUAGGGCUGGGCGAACCACAACCCCACGUCACCUGGAGCAAAGUAGGGGGCCGGAUCCGCCCGGGGGUGCUGGUUCGUGCCGGCACCCUGACCAUCGAGCGGGUGGAGCGGGCGGACGCGGGGCAGUACCGCUGCACUGCUACCAAUUCUGUGGGCACCGUGCAGUCCCACGUCAUCCUUCACGUGCAGGCUGCCCCACACAUCGCCGGGCAGCCAGAGGUGAAGGAGGUGUCGGUGGGCUCGGCAGCCGUCCUGCCCUGCUUGGCAUCUGGCUUCCCCGUGCCGGAGAUCAGCUGGAGCAAGCUGGAGGGGGAGCUGCCGGAAGGUGCGCGGGUGGAGGGCACGGCUCUGAUGCUGCCAGCCGUGCGCCUUGAGGAUGCUGGUGUCUAUGCCUGUGCUGCCAGCAACCGCCGCGGCCAGGAGACAGCCUUCUACGUGCUGAAGGUGCGAGAGCGCCUGGUGCCCUACUUCACGCAGACGCCCCGCUCCUUCCUGCCGCUGCCCACCAUCAAGGACGCCUACAAGACCUUUGAGAUCCAGAUCACCUUCCGGCCUGAUGCUGCCGAUGCUCUCAUCCUGUACUCAGGGAUGCUCCUCUACAAUGGGCAGCGCAAGAGCAGCGGCGCCGACUUUAUUUCCUUUGGGCUGGUGGGCGGGCGCCCCGAGUUCAGGUUCGAUGCUGGCUCUGGCAUGGCCACCAUUCGGGAUCCGACGCCGCUGCGCCUGGGCAAGUACCACACCGUGCGCCUCUUCCGCAACCUGACACGUGGCUCACUGCAGGUGGACAGGCAGCCCCCCGUUAACGGGACUUCACAGGGCAAAUUCCAAGGGCUGGACCUGAAUGAGGAGCUGUACCUUGGUGGGUACCCUGAUUACGCCGUCGUGGCCAAGACGGGGCUGAGCCGUGGCUUCGUGGGCUGUGUGCGCCAGCUGCGCAUCCAGAACGAGGAGGUGGCCUUUGGAGAGCUGGACCUGCGGGCACACGGCGUCUCCAACUGUCCCACGUGCCAGGACCAGCCCUGCCAGAAUGGCGGCAUCUGCGAGGAUGCAGAGAGCAGCACCUACAUCUGCCGCUGUCCCCAAGGCUUCACCGGCAGCAACUGCGAGUACUCACAGGCCCUGCAUUGCCACCCAGAGGCAUGCGGGCCCGACGCCACCUGCAUCAGCCGGCCAGAUGGGCAGGGCUACAGCUGCCGCUGCCACCUGGGCAAGAUGGGGGAGAGGUGCACUGAAGGGGAGGCAGUGAGCGUGCCAUCCUUCGAUGAGGCGGGCGCCUUCGUCUCGUACUCACCCCUUACCAACGUGCACCAUGAGCUGCGAGUGGAGGCCGAGUUCCUGCCACGUGCACCGGACGGAUUGCUGCUCUUCAGUGCUGGCAAAGCGUCCCCAGUUGAGGACUUUGUCGCCCUCGCCAUGGUCAGCGGCCACCUCGAGUUCCAUUAUGAGCUGGGCUCAGGCACAGCAGUGCUGCGGAGCGUCGAGCCAGUAGCACUGGGCCGCUGGCACCGGGUGACAGCUGAGCGGGUGCACAAGGAUGGGACGAUGGUGGUGGAUGGCAGCGCCCCGGUGCAGCGCUCCUCACCUGGCAAGAGCCAGGGGCUCAACCUGCACAGCCCUCUCUACCUCGGAGGAGUGGAACCUCCCCUGCGGCCCCCCACCAACGCCUCAUUCCAAGGGUGCAUUGGCGAGGUCUCUAUCAAUGGGAAGAAGGUGGAUCUGUCGUACAGUUUCCUGCGCAGCCGGGGCGUGGGGCAGUGCAGGCAGAGCUCACCCUGCCUGCAUGCACCCUGCCUGCACGGGGGCCGCUGCCUGCCCCUGCCUGCUGGCAGCCCUCCCUUCCGCUGCCUCUGCACCCCUGGCUUCAGCGGGCCGCGCUGCGAGCGGAUGGCCGACCGGUGCCUGGAGCACAACCCCUGCCUGCACGGCGGCACCUGCAAGGACAACGGCUGCAUCUGCCCUGAUGGCUAUGGCGGCCCCUACUGCCAGCAUGGCGGGGCGCUGUCAGAGCUGGACCAGGACUGGCAGGAGGGCAGUGGUGGUAGCGACACACCUGGGCAGUUCAGCGCUGUGUUCAGUGAGGGCUCCUACCUGGCCCUGCCCGGCCACCUCUUCCCCCGUGGCGCACCUGAUUUGCAGGACACGAUUGAGCUGGAGCUGAGGACAAGCAGCACUGAGGGGCUCCUGCUGUGGCACGGGGCGGAGAGUGGUAAAGCCAAAGACUUCGUGGGGCUGGGUUUGAAAGAUGGGCACCUGGUGUUCAGCUACCAGCUGGGCAGCGGCGAGGCCACCAUCAUCUCCGAAGACCCUGUCAAUGAUGGCGAGUGGCACCACGUGAUGGCGGCCAGGCAGGGCCGGCGCGGGUGGCUGCAGGUGGACGGGGAGGAGCCAGUGUUUGGAGAGUCCCCAGGAACCAACAUCAUGGCCAACACCCAGGGCAGCAUCUACAUCGGUGGUGCCCCAGACCCACGCAGCCUCACAGCCGGCAAGUUCCUCUCUGGCGUGUCGGGAUGUGUGCGGGGCCUGGUGCUGGCACCCGCAGGGACCCCCCGGCACCCCAUCGACCUGCGGCACGGCGCGGUGGGGAGCUCUGCCGUCGCCCCCUGCCCCUCCUAGCCCCCCUCUUACCCCCACACAGCUUGGGGGACAAGUUUUGUCGGGUUUAUUAUUAUUUUUCCAAAAAGCCACGAGAAAACGGUGCUUCGCUGCCCUGGGAUGGCUCUGGGAGGGCCGGGACCCCACAAGAAUGUUUACACCCCCCUCCCCACUCCCGACCCAAGCCACGCUGGGGCGGCCGGGCCGCUCGGGUGCCUCCUGGGGUGGCACCUGGGUGGGGGGCGCAAGGGACAAUCGUGGGUGUUGGCGGGAGCAGCGGGCCCCCCCACCCUCCUGUGCUGGGACACCCAUUAAAGGAGAGAGAACGAG